AGCCGAGCUCCCCCUGCCGUUCAUUGGCUGGACGCGCGGCGCCAUCUUGUCUGAAGCGGAGACCGGAAUCUGGGCAAGAUGGUGGCGUUCUGGAGGCAGGCGGGCCUGAGUUACAUCCAGUACUCUCGAAUCUGUGCACAAGCUGUGAGAGCUGCUUUGAAACCCCAGUACCAAGCAGAGGCCAAGAAAGCAGCAGAUGUAAAUGUCAAAGUCAAUAAGCCGAAAGAGUAAAGUGAUCUGAGCAACGUCCACAGACCUGAACUUCUAAAUGAGAACUCUUUGACCCAGCAGUCUGAAUGGAACUGCGAACCCAUUUGAAGACCGUAUUGUAAAACUUACCAAAUACUAAAUAAAAAUAUAGAUAUUUAAA